AUGCGCUUGCUUCAAUCAACGCCUCAUGGAUUCAAACUCACAAAGGAUUUUCUUCAAGAUGAUAUCCCUUCAUACGCUAUCCUUUCGCACACGUGGGGGCCCGAUGAUGAUGAGGUCACCUAUAGAGAUCUGUGCGACCAGACUGGCGUCAACAAGCCGGGCCACUGGAAGCUACAAGUUUGCAGCAACCAAGCCUCUCGCGACGGCCUCGAGUAUUCCUGGAUAGAUACCUGCUGCAUUGAUAAAUCCAGCAGUGCCGAGCUUACAGAAGCGCUCAACUCCAUGUUUCGAUGGUACCAGAAUGCCGCCAAAUGCUACGUACUCCUGUCCGAUGUCUUAAGUCCUUUUCCAGGUCCUCCAGCCGAAUUGCCAUCCGCUUUCUGGACGAGCAGAUGGUUUUCUCUUGGUUGGACUCUCCAGGAGCUCCUUGCUCCACGCCAUGUUGAUUUCUUCUCCGCCGAAGGUCAAUGGUUGGGCAACAAGACAUCUUUACGCCAGUCGAUUCAUGAAAUUACGGGCAUUCCUCUCGCUGCACUUCGAGGACUUGCCCUGUCCGAGUUUACCGUGGAUGAGCGGAGACUUUGGGCGGCGAAUCGCACAACCAAGCGUGAAGAGGACAUGGCUUAUUGUCUUCUUGGCAUAUUUGAUGUUUUCCUCCCGCCGAUAUAUGGAGAGGGGAUGCAGCACGCGUUGGAACGACUUGAAGAGGCAAUUCAAAAACGUUGUUCUGGCACAAAUAAAAAGAGACCUUCUGCCUCUUUCCAGUCAACAGCUACUCGUCAAAGGAUGGACACCAUGGAGGUAAAUCAGGACACUUUGCCUGGCCAUAACCUUUUCUUGUCGUCAUCCGAGCAAGAAGCGGCGGAUCAGUCACAAGAACAAGAAGAGACAGCUAAAACCGGCCAGGGAGAUAUCCAAGUCAGAACCUCGGUCACAGAUCCUGCCACUGGGCAUGUGCAUGCCAUGCUCCUGGAAGCUGCUGGCUCAACGAAAAACCUAGAGAAUAUCGCAAAAACGAGACAAAGACUCUUGGACAUGCUUCGUUUCCCUGAGAUUGAUGAUCGGUUAAUCAAUUUGAAAGAAGCUACCGGAGGUACCUGCCAAUGGUUCUUACUCAAACCGGAAUAUGUAUCCUGGCAGUCCUCGCAGGAUCUAACGCAACACAACAGAUUCCUUUGGAUCAAAGGCAAGCCCGGAACUGGCAAGUCUAUCCUGAUGAAGUUUCUCUACUUUGAUGUUAAAAGACAACAAACUGCGACCCCUGACUCUCUCGUAAUCCCCUUUUUCUUCAAUGCUCGGGGAUCUGAGUUAGAGAGAUCAGUUGUCGGCUGUUAUCGCUCUCUACUCGUUGAACUCUGCGUGAAGUUCCCCGGAACUUUGGACGUGCUGGAUCAGUUGGGAAGUAAUGCUGUUACCACGGUGGUUCGCAAUGGUUGGCAACUUGAGCCAUUGAAGAAAGUUUUCAAGUCUAUCAUCGCAAGGCUGAAAGAUAUGCCUAUUUUUCUCUUCAUUGAUGCACUUGACGAAUGUGCUGGGAUGAAGUAG